AGAGGCAGUGGAAUUUCAGAUGUCAUAUGACCGCAGAACGGGCAAACCAGUAGCAGUGGGUGUUGUGAAAGUUGAUCCAUUGAUGGUCUCAGCAGAGAUUAUUAAUGAUGAGAAAGUCCAAGGAACUAUAGUGCAGGAGGCCAAAUUGGUGAAGCAGAAAAAUGUAAGCAUUAUAUACAUUAUAAAAUAGUAUUCAUCUUAUAAACUUAAGUGUGAUGAAAUAAUUAGCUAUUUCUUGCCUCAUGGAAUAUUUGAAACACAUUUAUGCUAGGGCACGGUACCUGGCACUCAAGAUGGACUUGGACGAGUCACUUAUGUCCACAAUGGUGAAUGUUUCUUCUUGCCAUAUGGCCUUGAUGAUGUUGUUGGGAAUUCCACCUCACCCAAAACCGGCGACGAUGUUUUAUUUCAAAUAGCCACAGACAAAAGGUUGGUGUAAAUAUAUCCUUUAAAGUUAUGAGCAUCAUUGAAGAUUUCUGUUUCAUGCAUUGUUUUAUAUGACAUGUUUUUAUUAACCACUUUGAAGCAUCUAAGAUGUAAAUGGAUUAGUGUAAAGCAUGAAUGCAAUGAAAUCUUAUUGUUGACUUAAAAUUUGAUUUUUUACACAGAGAUGGAAAGAUUCGUGCUCGCAAUGUUGAGAGCCUCGAGUCAGCGACUCAGCGCUAUGUUGGUGUUGUUUGCUCCAUGAAGGACACUUUUGGAUUCAUUGAACGUGCUGACAUUGUGAAGGAAAUUUUUUUCCAUUACAGUGAAUUUAAAGGAGAUAUCAGUGAGCUCAUUUUGGGGGAUGAUGUAUCCUUUGGUAUUCAAAUAAGAAAUGUAAGCAUUGUCUAUGUAAAAAAAAAAUAAUUUCUUGAGCAAAAUAUAUAACCAAAAAAAACCCCACUGUAAAACCAGUGAUUCCACCAUGAAACCAAAUCAUUGGUUGUGAUGCUUGAUAUUUAAGUUAUCACAUUUUUACUAUAAAAGGAAUAACCCACAAUAAUAUUCCAUAAAAAAAAUCCUUAAACUUAUUUUUAAAAAACUUCGCUGCUGUUUGAUUAAUUUUAAAGAUAUCUCAUGCUAACAACUGCUUUUGAGGAUUCUUGCAAUGUACUAUUUUUUAAAAAAAUGUAUUUUUAUAUUGUUGUGGUAAAAAAAUUCCUUAUUUUCCCUCUUACCGUAUAAUGAAAAUUUACUUUUAAUAUUACAGAAUAAAGAGGUGGCAGUUGAAAUUGAACGUCUUCCAGAUGGAACAGUCAUCUUUGAGGAUAUUGCUGUAGAAAUGGUUAAGGGUAAAAUUCUUAAGAUGAUUAAGUCAACCAAUAGAAGGCCCAGUGAAGCUCUGGCUGGAAGAAUCAUGUAUGAAACUCCGAAAGGGUAAGCUUUUCGCUAAUUUUCAGCAAAAUUAAACAAGCCCUUUUAAGUUUUUUUAUUUAGAGGGAUUAUGGUAGGUAUCUUUUGCCCAUUUGUUGUUUAGCAUGUUAUUCUUAACUGAAAUGUGAGUGGGGCUAUGUUGUAGUUUUAUCAUGAGGGGGGUGGGGGUGUUCUAGAUUCUAAUGUUCACACCAGACCAACACUAUAUGGGGAACAAUCAGGCUAAAAAAAAGAACUUAACUAUUGAAAGGAGAACAUGUUCAAGUUCUGUGAACUGGUCAUCUUGGUACAAAACAUAGUAGUAUGCAAAAUGCUUAAAUAUAUUAAAAAAGGUAAUGUAUGGGGAACUGUGAUGGCAACAAAUUUUAUUUGCACAGUUUAGAAGCAUUCCUACUUAAUCAAUAACUUUCAUGGGACAACAAUCUUAAAAUUAGUAAUUUUAAUGAGAUAUUUAAGAUUUCUUUCUUCAUAUAUAUUUUUGAAAUGCUUCAGGCUCAUUGAAAUUCCCUUUGGAGAGAAAGAUCAAAGAGGGGAAUGUACUUUGCAACAAGGGGAUACAGUGGAGUUUCAGAUCGCUACAGAUCGUCGGGAUAAGCUCCAGAGGGCAACCAAUAUUGCCUUGCUGGAGGAAACUUUCGAUUACUCUGGGGAAAUAAGAGAAACUGUAAGUAUUAAUUCCAUCAUCCUUUUUACCUUAAAAUUGUAUUUAAAUUGUUUAUAUUGGAUACAUAAGUGUGCCUCUCUGCCAUUUAAACAUUUUUAUGGUCAUUUUAAAUGUCAAUUUAUUUGAUUCCCAGAAGUCUAAGGAAUAACAUUUAUUUGCAUUGCUGAACAAGUAAAGAACUAAUGUUAUACCAAAUCUAGUUAUUGUUAUGUUCUUGGACACUUUUACUUGAUUUUUUUAUUAUUACAUUCCAAAAAUCAGGGUGUGAUUGCUGCUCUGAAAGAUGGCUAUGGCUUUAUUUACUGUGCAGAUCGAGAUGCACGUAUGUUCUUUCACUUCAGCGAGUUUAUGGAUCUGACAUACAGCCCACGAAUGAAUGAUGAACUGCAGUUUACUGUGGACCAGGUAUUUCAUCUUCAACAUUAAACACUAUUUAGAAGAACUUUCAUUUGUUUAUAGUUAUUGCUCUCUUGUGUUCAUGGAAUAAUUGUUUUUUCAGAUUAAAUUAAUUUUGUGCAGUUAUCUUGAAUUGAAAAAUAUUAAAAUUUGAGUUGAUGCACACAUUGUGUAUUAAGAUUACUGUAAAUGACACACUUAUUAAUACAGAAUAUUAAAAUGUUAUAUCAAGGCUUAUAAAUUUAUUCUUGGUUACUUCAGGAUGCUUCAGAACCAUCACGCCAGGUUGCUACAAGAAUAAAACACUUGACCAAGGGAUCAGUGUCUUUCAUUAACAUUUUACCUUCUGUCUAUAUUGGGACAAUUGACAAGGAGCCCUCGACGCAUAAAAACCAAGGUAUUUUGUAACACUGUUGACUUGAAAUGUAUAAUUGCAUAAUUUGCAGAUGUAACAUCAAGUGAUUUUUUUUUUAAAUUGGCUACAAUUGAUUAACAAAUUAUUUCAAAUAAUAACUAACGACCAGUAAUGACUAAUAAUUUUUAAUUGUUUACAGGUAAAAACAAGGAGGGUGAGCCAGGCAAUAUAAUCUAUGACUAUGAAGGGGCAAUACAACAGAUUCCUUACUAUCUAAAAGAUGUUAAAGACCAAAAUAGUUUGCCUCAUUUUGGUGACAAGGUAUGAAAAUUUUCUCAUCUUACUAGAACAUUAUUAGCAUUAAAUAAUCUCUAUAGUUAAAGAUUUUUUCCUUCAGCCUACAGUCCGUUGCGGCUAAACCCGCCCGUUUUGAGGUUGUUUACUUUCGUUCUUAGCACAGCGGAAAUGCAUUGCGCAUUACUAUUUAUAGUUGUACCGGAAGAAAGCCCAGUUGUCUGCAUUUAUUUUGAUACUAGUUUGAACCUGGUGUGUUUAGGGGCUCAUUUUCUACGAUUGUUUUUUAAGUUGAGAUUUUUUCGCUGUAAAAAAAUGGCUUUCCAAGCCUUGGAUAAAAUUUUGAAAGAACUUAGGCCUAAUGAAGCUUCACUAUUUCAUGAGUCUAGCAGCGCUAGUGAAGAAUCUGAUAUAGACAUUAAUUUAAAUGACGCUACCAGUGAUAGUGAUUCAAGUGAAGAAGAUAAUAGUAAUAGCAGACCUGUUUACUCUUACGAUUUUGGCGUACAAUGUACGAUUUUGAGGCGUAUACAUUAUAUAUACUGUAUAUUUAUUUUUUACUAUUAAGAUAAUGUAUUAAACGAUUUUGUCAUGAUAUUGUACGAUUUUAAGAGUUUGAGGGUAAGCAGGUCUGUUAUAGUAGAGACAUCGAUGACAAUGGACCUAUCAAUUCCACUCAAACUGAUCAGCAUGAUCUCGAGUGGUCGGGGAAUUUUUCACUAAUCAAAGUGGGAGGUCCCCGAAACUGUGCAAAUUUUGCUUAAAUUAUUUAUUUGUAUUUAGGUAUUUUUAAUUUUAUUUUCUUGCUUCUAGUUUAUUUUCUGUAAAUUUAUUAGAUUAGAUAAAAAACCUUCAUUUAAAAUGGAGUUAUGUCCCCUUGCUUGGGGGCUGGGAGUAGAAAAGGCUGAAUAGGCUUGGACUGUAAAGGGUUAACCAUAUAAUAGUUUAUUUAGUUGCUGAAUUAUUUGUAUGUAUAGUUAAUAUGUCAAGUGACUUCUAUAUUUUUCAUAACUAAAGGUGGAUUUUCAAAUUGGAGAACUGAAGGCAACUUCCAAAAAGCAAGCAGUUAAAGUUCAUGUGGUGCUAAGGAAUAUUGCUGGUCGUUGCCAUGGUUUCAUUGCAACUUUAAAGGAAAAUUAUGGUUUCAUUGAAACCGCAGACCAUGAAAAGGAAGUGUUUUUCCACUUCAGGUGGGUUGAAAAAAAAAAAGAACUAUAAUAUUAAUAGUAUUUCAACUGGAACAUUUUAAAUAAUUAAAUUUAAAUAUUUUAUUUAAGAAAAAAUGCAAACACAAUCAGCUGUCCAGUAGAUUUCUUGCAAAAUUCUUCAACUAGUGAUCACAAGCCUAUUCUUGAGUUAUUUCAACUGUAUUUAAAGACUGCAAGAUUUCCUUUCUUAUGGACAACGAUGUUACAGUUACAUCCCUUUAUACCUGUGUGGUAUUUUAACAGAAGCAUUAUCCUGAUAUUAUGCAAAGUUAGGUCAUUAUAACAUUGAUGAACAUUACAGCUUUACACCUUUUUUUCCACAGCUCAUUUACUGGUGACACCAAUGAUCUUGAACUUGGAGACGAAGUGGAAUACACAGUGGCCAGAAAAACCACUAAAGUCAGCGCUGAAAAUAUUCGUAAACUAAACAAAGGCACCAUUCCACCUGAUGUUAGUAAUAAAUUAAUAAUGAUUAAAGACUUAAACAUAUGCAUGUUUUGGUAAACAAUCAAAUUUAUCCUUCUGUUAAAGAUUACAAAAUCAUUUUAAUCAAUUUAUUUGAAAAAUACAAAUGUUUUCACUUAUUAUUUAUAGGAGAUUUUUAGAGAAAAGGGCACACUUCAAGGUCGUAUAAUCCGUCCCAUGAGAAUAGUUAACACAGAGCAAGAGGAAUACUGUGGAUUGGUCCAAGCUAUGGAUGAUGGUAUGGUCUUUUUUUUGUAGUCAUGCUAUAUCUGUUAAUUCUAUUUAACCCACGAACUGAGGUCGGUGGAUUUUCUCUUCCUGUACAGUGUUGGCCAAUAAAAAUUGCAUUGAGAGAACAACUUCCAGUCCAAUAUUUUACACUCAAUAAAACUACUUCCUUUUAUUAAUAUAUAAACUUCAGUUUUUUACUCUUCUGUGUCUUUUUUUAAACUUUGGAGUUAUUUUUACAACGAUCUUUAACAAGCAAAUUUGUGUACGCAGAUUUUCGCGAAAUGGAUGUGGCCAUAGCUGGACCAUCUGGCUUACAAAAUAAAUCAGUUAGGAAUCUUUUUGAUAACAUUUUAGUUAAUGACUUAAAUGAUUCGGAAGAUUAUUUUCCUAUCACAAACGAAGACAAUGAUAAUUCUGAUUAUUUUUCUAGUGGGUCAGAAAGCGAAAGUUCGGACUCUGACAAUUUAGACCUAGGCCUAGAACGAGUAGGCAUUGCCGCAACAACAGGAUUCGUUGAAAACUGCGUUGCAGAUGAUUGUGUACCAACAAAAAAAAAUGAUGUUGUUCUAUAUAUGCUUAUUUAUAUUUCACUUUAUGGAUUAAAUAUUUAAAUAGAAGCUUUUUAAAUUUUAUCUGUUUCUUGCUAUUUAGUAAUGUGAGUGAGCGCAUUAAUUACAAAAUUCUGUCCCUGCCAUACAGCUGCAUAGUAGGCUCUGCACCGGAAUAUCUUUAAGAACUGAUUUAUAAACAUGUGUCCUUAAAGAACCUGCGGUCUUCAAUACAGUCCUUACUGAAAAUUCCCAGUGUGGAUGAACACAGAAAAAAGUCUUACGGAGUGCGCUCUUUUGAAGCGAUUGAGUCAAAAUUAUGGAACAGUUUGCCUCAAUCUUUGAGGGGAAUUGAAAAUGAUAAAAAAUCAUUUAAGAAACAUUUUAAAACUUUUCUGUUUAAAUAGAUUUAAAUAUAAAUAUGCAAUCAAUCAAUCAAUAUUGUUUAUGUCAUGCUUUGUUACUUAAACAUAAUUAUAGGUAUCUGAAGAAUUUAAAAAAAAAAUCUAUUAAUGACUAAAACAUAUACAAAUAAUACAUUUUCUGAAAGAUAAAUAAAAAUGCUAUCAUAUAAACAUUAUAAUAAUAUUCCCUUAAAAAAUUGUUUUGUUGUUUGAGGUACUUGAAAAGAAAACUUUUCAUUAUUUUCUUUAUUCUUGGCCACUCCAAGGUCACGGUCGCAGAGUAAAAAAUAGCGUUAACAAAAUAGCCAUUAUGAUUCCCCACUCAGUCUAAUGUCAAUAAAUACAUACUUUAAGGGGUCUAGCUAUAGUACUUGCAUUUAAAAAAUCACCUUUUAACAGCUCUAAAUUGCCUGCACAACAAACAGUUUGUGAGUUAAAUCUACGGGCACAAUAAACAUCUUUUGUAAAGUCUAUCAUUGCUAUAUUUUGGGAAUUUAUUUUGAUGGGGCUCUGGUAUAGAUUUCUUAAAUGAAAAGACCCAUGUGUAUGUGAGAAUUUGGUGAAGCUUUAAUGAAAUGGCCGUACAAUUUAAAUCAUUUUGCGUCUGGAUUUCAUCAGAUAAAAAAAGUAAUGAAUUUAAAUUUGAAGUAAUAUAGCUUAGAAGCCAGAAUGAUCAAUACAUUGAUCAUGGGCCCUCAAAAUAUAGAAAAAGCAUCUUACCCAACAGAAUCAAAAAGUGAAAAGAAAGAAACAGAUUGCUAAAAAUCAUUGUAAAAUAUAGUAUUAAAUUACUCCUGUUCUCUCAAAAGACAGAAUUAAAAAAACCUGACUAUUUAACCUGUAAAAUUAACACUGAUAAAACAUGUCUCCUUAAUUGUUUCAGAUGGCAAUGAUAUGGAUGAGCCAUAUCCUUAUGGCAUCACCAGUCUUGCUGAUAAAAGAGACUUUCUCCAAAAAGAUGAUGUUGUCAGGUUUCAGGUGGCACGAACUAAAAAGGACGGUGCCCUGCGAGCUAUCAACAUUGGGGCUCUGCGCAAGUUUAUCAGAGCAAAAGUCGACUCUGUCAAAGGCCAGGUACUUUCAUUGCUUGUUCUGGGGAGGGUUUCAUAUUUUAUCAUACUUAAAUUUUUUCUCAAAAUUGUAAAACACCUGUGAUUGAGUCUUCUUUUCUAAUUGCAGUUUGGGUUCAUCAAUUAUGAAGCGGAGGAGGGUAAGAAGCUUUUCUUCCACAUUUCAGAGGUUCAUGACAGUGCUGUUAUUCAGCCCGGAGAUGAAGUAGAAUUUGUCCUUGUCCAGAAUCAGAGGAAUGGAAAGUACUCAGCCUGCAGUUUGCGCAAGAUCACGUAAGUUACUGGAACUACAUGGGCCAGUUUGGUCACUCUGGCAUUUAGAAAGUUGCGGUUCUAGCUUGUUAUUUUAUUUUACUAUUAAUUUACCGGUCUUUUAGUGUGUAGGGCAUUUACUUGAAAAUAAAAUAUAUGUUUGUGACUGUUCAGUGUUUUCUGUUUUCAAUAACAGUCAUAAUUCCUAUUUGCUUUUAGAAAAAAAACUUGCUAUACUUUCAAAGUUGAACAUUUUUUUUCUUUAUCAGUGACACUCGUAGGCCCGAGCGUCUUCUUAGCCGUUUAAAAAGUAUUACGGAGGAUAACAGCUCUUACAAGGUAAUCAUUGUUCGCAACCCACGAGGGCCAGACACCAGCAAGGGAUUCCAGGCUCGAACUCUGUGGAAACCACCGAUUUCAUGAAACCUGGUUGAAGGUGGUAGUCACUGCUUUUUUUAAUGCUUUAAAUGGCUAUGUAGGGGUGGAUUUUUUAAAUUUAAACAAGAAAGGUCCCUGUUCACCCAACCCCACAUUAACUGGAAAUUAAUUUAUAAUGAAUAAUUCUGUCAUGUAUCAUGACAUCGAAAUGAGCGAAACUGCAAAAGCUGUUUGUGUUAAUAUUUUUUUCUUUAAAAAAAUUAAGAGAGAUAGAUUGAAGUGUGUUUUCUUUAAGAUGAGGAACAAAUUAUAAAAUAUACUGCUUAUAUUUUAUCAGUUAUCCCAUGAUUGUAAAGCCACAUUAUUUUACAGCCUGAUCAUCACCUUGUACAUUCUAAUUAUCAAAUGAGAAAGAUAUUUUUGUCACCCAAAGCAGCUAGAAGUGAAUUUUCUUAAGAACCACCAUUUCAAUCAUGUUUUGACUUUUUUUUACUUAAUUAAAGGCAUUACUCAAAUCUAUGCAAAAGCUAUUUAAAUAAUAUUUUUUUAUUAAGGAAACAUUUUUUUCUACUGGUGAAUAAUUUAAAUGCCCAUUCUCAUCUCUCUCCACUUUCCCCCCCUUCAUUUUAGGUUUUCUAAUUUGUUGGGUACCAUAUAUAAUAACUCCACCUUUGCCAAUUUUCUAUUUUAAUGGGACAUCCAAAUUAAAGUUAGCGUUAUGAAGUAGAGAAGGAAGCCUGUGCCUUGCUUUAGUUUUGCUUUGACUUUUAUGUGUCUGUGCCACUCAUUUCUAAUGUGAUAAUUAUUACACUUUUUGUAUUGGAUUUUAAGGUACAAAGAAAUAAGGGAUGAGCCAUAUUGAAAUGUUUUAAAAAAAAUAUUAGUAACCAGGUUAUUUUGAUGAUUGAUUAAUUAAAAGGAGCAAUCCCUAUUACAAUAGAAUUACUUUUUAUUUGAAAUUAAUACAUUCUUUUAGGUUUGAUUUUAAAUAUUUUUUGUUCACUUAAACCAGAAGUCUAGUGGAUACAACUUUAAAAAAAAAAAUUAUAUUCUGCAUUCUGUUUGUCCAGUUUAUUUUGCUGAAAGUUUUAAAAUAUGGCAUUGGUCCUAUUGCCUUUAAUGACAGAUCAGAGCAAAAGAAUGCUUUGUUUUCUUAAUUUAUUGCUAACGUUACUGCACCAUUCAGUUGCGCCAAACUUCCUAUUUCAAGUUGUCGUAUUUGUUUUUUUGUUUUCUAGUGUAGUUGAUUUUAAAUGGUUUCAUUAAUUUCAUUUCUGGAGGUUUAAAUCCAUUUUAACAAUUAUUUUCUUGUUUAGUCUGAAAAUAAAACUACUUUUCUUUUUUUAGGUGUAUGAUUGGUGAAUGUUAUGCAUAUUUCUAUUUCUUCAGGAAAAAAAACAACACAAAAAUUGUAUAGCAGCAUAAAAAGGUGCAAUUAUUUAAAAAAACAAAAACAACAAACACAAAAAAAUGUUUUUGUAAGUUGUCUCAUUCAUCAAACAUAUAUCCAAGAUUUCUAAUAAACUUUGCCCUCAUCAGUCCUUUUGUAUGCACAUUUCUGACACAGCUAUGCAGAACCUUUCUUCUGGUUUUAAUUGGUAAUAGUAAUUUUCAAAAUUCUAUGUCGAUAUAUCAUAAAUUACACUUUUUUGUCAAUGACUGACUGAAUCUCAUUCUGAUUUCUGUUACCAAAAUAGAUUACAAAAUAUUUAGGUUAUUUUUUUUAAUUCUUCGAAGUACAAAGCCAACCAAAGUAUUGAUGGGCAAAGAGUUAAAAUUGAUGUUAAGUAGAGGACUUAAACUCAUGAACAAGCUAGGUUCUUUGAGCCAUGUCAGAAUAAUGGUCAUAAUAUUGUAUACAUGUUUAGCAGUGUUAACCUAUUGUAUUGGAAUAUAUAAGUCAAUAUAUUGACAUUGAAAUUAAGUCUUAAAUGUGUAUGGUUUGAAGUCAAAGUAGUUAACCUAGAGCUCUGCGCCCAAAAGUCUUUCAAGGCCAGUUAAAUAAUACUUAUACUGUUUACAUAUUUUAAAAACUUUGCGGUGCAAAUUAGCAUAUUCAGUUUGUGCAGAGGUUCAUGAAGAAGGGCUCGGUCAACACUGAAAUUAACCAAAAACUGCAUACUAAAGAAUUACAUUACAAAAUAAUAUAAAUACCAGUUUUUAAGGUACCGGUAUUCAAGCUUCUUAACUAGUCAUGAAGAAUAAAAAAGUUCUUGUCUGAAGUCAUAUCAGGAAGGACAUAAAAAUUUCUGUCUUGACAUAUCUCAGAGAAUGCUGCAUUUUUAAAAAUUUGCUUGAUCAAUAAUUUGAGCAGACAUUUCCUCAACCAUGUGCCUUUGCAUGUAGAAAUGUGUAAGUUUAUUGAUUGAAAUUGUGUGUAUCUGUUAAAAAGAUAUGUAUAUUUUUACAAUUUCAUAUGACAAAACCUCAAAUGCAUAUUUUAACACAGUGAAAAAAUUUAAUAAGUGCUUUUGUUUAGUGAAACACCGUUAUGUCUUUGUUUGUUCAUAUAUAUUUUAUCAUCAAAUGUCCAAGCAAUACAGAGUUGAUGAAGUAAAAAAUUUCCAAGAUAAGUUUUUUUCUACUCUUAUAAAGUUUGCACAAAUAAUGUAUUCAAUUUCACAUGUCCUGCUCUGUUCCAUUUUUUUUUAAUGUGUGUAAAAACAACAAAGCAACAGUAUCAAGUUGUAGUACCGGGUAGUCUUAAUGUGUAAAACUGAUUUUUUUAAAAAUUUCUUCAAAUGUCAUUCAGUCUGAUCACUUAGAAGGAAUUGUUUGAGGCAUCUUAUUAGAAGGAAUCGGCUCAUCUUGUUAGAAGGCAUUGUUUGACUCAUCUUAUUUGUUCACUGCAUUUAUUUGUGUUUUUCUUGAAGCCAUUUUGUUAUUGUAUUUGACAUUUCAACACAUUUCAAAAGUCCUUGUGCAUGUUGCAACAUGGUGGGAUAAGAAAUUAUUUCAAAGCUCUCUCUGUGUGAAGUCUGACACCUUCCCACUUUAGUUUCUUAUCCAGCACAAAAAUACAAGCAUGCAAUGUAUUUUUGAUUAUGUGUUGGGAGAUGGGUUAUUGAAGAUAGCAACUAGUAAAUAUGUUUUGUUCCCCUCAUAUAGAAAUUACAUGUAGUUGUCUUGUGAUACCAUGACUGUUCAGUUAUGAACUUAAACCUACCUUGGUUUCAACUUUGUGAAGCAUUGUGUAAAUACACAACUGUUUCCUUGUAUAUAAAUGUAAAAAGUUUGGUGUGACAGUCUGAAUGUGUUCUCCAUUGGGAAAUCUGAUUAUACAAAAUGUGGAUGAAAAAUGUGAUCGAUUUGAUUUGAACGUUUGUGUGAUUGUCAUCUAAGGCUUACAAUUUUUUAAUGAAACUUUUUGCAACGGCACAAGGAUUUAAAUGAUUCCACUUAAGUUACUGACGAAUUCUAACUUGACGUUGUUGGGGUUUUGAUGGCGAUGGUGCAGUAAUGAAUGCUUUAUUUGAACAAUUACAAUUUUGUAACUUUACUCAACUAAGAAGACAACCACCAAUUGUUAAUUCAUCAAAAACUUUGUUCAAGUUGUAACCACUUAUGCUUACAAAAACAAUAAAAGUCAUUUGUGGUUUUAACAUAUUUUGUGAUCUUUUUACUCAUAUCAGUGCUGUCCAACCCCGCGGCCCGCUAACUGAUUUU